AUGGAGGAUUAUGACGAGAAUCACCUGGGGAUAAAUUGGAAGGAGUAUCUGAAAAUUGUGCCAACCGAACACAGAAACCAAAAAAUCGGCAGAAGCAUGCAAAUCCAGAUGUUACAACGGCUUCUUGACGAAGGGUUGCAAAACCGGGAACCGAUCGUGAUGGACCAUUUUUGGAGAAAGAUAGUGGAUGAGGAGCAGUGGGAGGGUGGUUUUAAACCCUACAACGACCACUAUAGUCAUGUUCUUGCGAAGAAAGUGGAAAAGCUCAUUUUUCUCCCAAUAGAGUACCGGGCUCUCAUCUUGUUCAUCACCUCCCGUGUUGUCACCCCGGAUUUCCGGAAUCAGCUAGAGGAGGCCGAGUGCAAGUGUGAAUACGACAAUCGCCGCCGAAUCGUCAAGUUGGAAGUCAAGUUCAAGUCAAGUCAAGUUGAUUCGGUGAAGAAUGAUAAGGAGGAGCCCCAAGAUGUGCCAAAAAAUCUCCCGAUUGAAGCACAAGGGUUGACAAACAUUGAAAAAAAAAGCCGUCAAAUUCAUCAAAAAAUGGAGGAUUAUGACGAGAAUCACCUGGGGAUAAAUUGGAAGGAGUAUCUGAAAAUUGUGCCAACCGAACACAGAAACCAAAAAAUCGGCAGAAGCAUGCAAAUCCAGAUGUUACAACGGCUUCUUGACGAAGGGUUGCAAAACCGGGAACCGAUCGUGAUGGACCAUUUUUGGAGAAAGAUAGUGGAUGAGGAGCAGUGGGAGGGUGGUUUUAAACCCUACAACGACCACUAUAGUCAUGUUCUUGCGAAGAAAGUGGAAAAGCUCAUUUUUCUCCCAAUAGAGUACCGGGCUCUCAUCUUGUUCAUCACCUCCCGUGUUGUCACCCCGGAUUUCCGGAAUCAGCUAGAGGAGGCCGAGUGCAAGUGUGAAUACGACAAUCGCCGCCGAAUCGUCAAGUUGGAAGUCAAGUUCAAGUCAAGUCAAGUUGAUUCGGUGAAGAAUGAUAAGGAGGAGCCCCAAGAUGUGCCAAAAAAUCUCCCGAUUGAAGCACAAGGGUUGACAAAAGAAAAAGCGCCUAAAACACGCCAGAUUUCGGGAAUGUACGCGAUCCGUGCUGGUCGUGAGCGUGUCACCAACGAGGACUUCAUGAAUGCUGUCCGCGAAGUCGGUGACGCAUUGCGCCUCGAAACGAAACUCGACAAGAAGCCAGUCUAA